UGAGGGCUAGCUGAUCUUCGUCAUAGAGUUCCCGCUGAUGUAAACAGACUAGGGUCUCUUGUAUGAAGAUUUAAUUUUCGAUGGAAAGAUUCCGUUUGUUGAGUAUGCAUGUUAACGUAUUUGCCGAAGAUUUGCUAUCUGCCUAGCUUAAAGGACAUGCGCAUAGCAGGAUAUUGUGCUGUGUUAUGCCGUGUAAUGACCAUUGGAUAAUAAUAUGAACUUAAGGAAAGAACCUGACUCGACUACUGCCAUAUUUGAGGAUGAUCGAAACAACAAGCAGAUUUAUGAAUACACGUGCAAGUUCGGUCAUGAGUGUCCAGGACACCUUUUCCAUCGGCUGUGCCAGCAUAUGGACAAUCCUUUGGCUCGCAUUUCUAUCGGCGGGGUGCUGCGAAGCGCGUUAUGUACGCCCAGAAGACUGCACAUGGGAACCGGUAGCCGAUGCUGCCGGCGUUUCGAUCGCGUGCAGUGUACGAACUCUACAAGCCGGAAUAAACCCUACAAACUUCUCGCUAAUUAUGCCAGCUCAUACUGUUCAGCUAGCUGUCAUUUGUGGUGAUCAAAUAUUGCAGAGUGAGCUGGCGAACAGCCUUUUCGUGCACUUGUACGGAUUGCGCGAACUUUCCAUCGAGCACUGCAACCUUGCUCACUUGCCAUCAAAAACCUUCGAAGGCUUAUUAGACCUGAAGAGAUUAAGUGUGAAAACAUUCAACAUUAAAAGGGGCCGUUUCUCCUUGCAAGUAUCACCCACAGCUUUCAGUCCGCUUAAAGCGAUCGAAAUGAUUGAUUUGAGCGAGAACAGUAUCGAUUUACUACCUCACACGUUGUUUUGUGGUUUGGAACAUUUACGUUUUGUGAACCUUUCGGGAAACGCGUUCCAUGACAGUGCUAACUUAGGUUUAUCCUCAAAAUCGCGUUGUAGGCCAAAUUUUCGCGGGCUAGAUGUUACGCGUAGUAAACUAAAGGUUCUCUCAACGAGAGGCCUCGAGACGCUAGUAAGCCUUGAAGAACUGCGCAUGGAACGCAAUCAGAUCGCCAGAAUUGACUCUGAUGCUUUCAGUGGACUCGCAAAACUCACACGACUUGACCUGUCGCAUAACUCUUUUUCUACAUUGCCUUCCAGACUUUUUCAAUCUACGUCGAAGCUGGCCGAGCUCUACAUGCGGAACAACUCUCUCAAUGCAUUGCCAUCCGGCCUGUUAGCUGGACUCCGUGAGUUGACCCUACUCGAUCUGGCACAUAAUCAACUUUCAGCGUUAGGAUGGCUACAGAGUGCCCAAGACCUCGCGCAACUCGCCGUACUGGACCUCAGUUAUAACCGACUUACACGUCUCAAUGCUAACGUGUUUACUGCUCUGAGCGAGUUGCAAACUCUCCAACUGCAAAACAAUCUCAUAGAGCUCAUUGCGGACGGUACGUUUAUCCAACUUAACAAUUUACAAUCGCUGGUGUUGAGUCACAACCGAUUGAAACGGAUAGGUUCUCGUAUGAUUGGGGGACUAAACUCUGUAACGACACUACACUUGGACGAUAACCGGAUCAGUGAAGUCUCUGAUGAUACGUUCGCUAAUAUGACUAUGCUUCAAGAGCUCAAUUUAGCCAGAAAUGAACUUAUAGUUACACCGCUCAUUGUGUCAUCGCUCAAUAUGCUGCGAACGCUGGAUUUAUCGGACAACAAAAUUAAUGACGUGGUCAAUUUUUCGUCUCAAGGUCUAGGCCAGCUUUAUGCCUUAAAUCUAAUGGGCAAUAGGAUCGGCAACCUCAGUCGAGGUGUUUUUAGCAGGUUGCCUUCAGUUCGUAUUCUCAACCUAGCCAACAACAGCAUUCAGACAAUCGAGCAGGAAACGUUUGACGAUAUGCCGGGCCUCCAUUACCUCCGACUAGAUUCAAACGUGAUUGAGGACGUUAACGGAUUAUUCAGCAACCUGCAUGACUUGAUCAUGCUCAAUAUCUCCGUAAAUCGAAUACGCUGGUUUGACUAUGCGCUUGUGCCUGUGGGUCUUCAGUGGCUGGACAUCCACGACAACCAGAUUGAGGCUCUUGGCAAUUACUUCGACCUUGAACAAAGCCUCAAACUUCGCACACUAGACGCCUCCUACAACAAACUGACCGACUUAGAUUCGUCGUCUCUACCAAAUGGAAUUGAAAUAGUCUUCCUAAAGAACAACAACAUCAAACUAAUUCAGCCAUUCACCUUUCUCGGGAAACACAACCUGACCCGGGUCGAUUUGACCAGCAACCAAUUGAAGGUUCUAGAGAAACCGACAUUCCGACUGAGUGAAGUAUCAACACGUCGACCACUACCCGAAUUUGCUAUCGCAGGCAAUCCAUACGUGUGCGAUUGUAACAUGGAAUGGCUACAACGUUUACAUAACCCCACGGCACAAACUAGCUCCGAUACUAACUCGCUCCGCCAAUAUCCACGGGUAAUCGAUCUGCAUAGCGUCGAAUGCGAGCUAACCUUCUCGAAAAGUUUCCAAAAAAUGCCACUGGUCAAGGUGGACUCGUCACAAUUUCUGUGCCCAUACAAGAGUCACUGCUUCCCACUUUGUCACUGCUGUGAUUUUGAUGCCUGCGAUUGCGAGAUGGUCUGUCCCGCUAACUGUAGCUGCUACCAGCAUCAGACGUGGAGAACCAACAUCGUCGACUGCAGCUCACGCAGUCAUCUUUACAACCCGAGACAGCUGCCUAUGGAGGUGAGCGAAUUGUAUCUUGAUGGCAACAAUAUACCUGAGAUCAGCAAACAUUCGUUCGUAGGCCGGAAAAAUAUGCGAGUUCUAUUCCUCAACAGCUCGAACAUCGUGACGGUACAGAAUCGUAGUUUUGCAGGCUUGCACGAGCUGCGAGCACUUCAUCUCGAGGACAAUCGGAUUUCUGAAUUGCAUGGUCAUGAGUUCGAUGAUCUUGACCGACUCAGGGAAUUAUAUCUUUCCAAUAACCAGCUUAAGCAUCUGAGCAAUAUAACAUUUACCCGAUUAAAAAAUCUAGAGAUACUCCAUUUAGAUCGAAACUAUCUGGUCGAAAUCUCCGUGUGGAGCUUUCAGUAUAAUACGCGUCUGACAGAGAUUCGUCUGGCAAGAAACCCUUGGACCUGCGAUUGCCAGUUUCGAAUGGACUUCAGUCAGUUCCUGUUUAAUGAACGCGGUAACAUCGCGCGCGAUCUUUUUGAUCUCUUAUGUGUCUACAAUGAAACGAAAGCAUUACCAUUGUGGGAGCUGAACGUGACUGAAUGCUUUAGCCCUUCAGAAGCGACGUCAUUGGUCCGAUCGUUCCACAUUCAUCGUGUCGAAGAUCUGGUGCCUGCCCUCGUCGUUCUUGGCGCCGUCAUCCUUCUAUCAAUGGCAGUUACGGCGGGAAUCGUCUACCGUCGCAAGUUGAGCGUAUGGUUUUUCAGCCGCUAUGGAGUUCGAAUGUGUCACCGUAACCCAAUUGAAGAAGAAAAACUCUUCGAUGCUUUCGUGUCGUAUAGUAAAAAGGAUGACGCCUUUGUGGCACAAAUUCUAGCUCCAGCAUUGGAGUGCGGCAGUCCGCCGUAUCGGCUGUGUUUACACUAUCGAGACCUGUCAAUGGCUGGGGGCUACCUAAGCGAAGCUAUCCAAGAGGCUGUCGAGAGUUCCCGGCGAACGAUUGUUGUCCUUUCCGAGCACUUUCUUAAAAGCGAAUGGUGCCGUUACGAGUUCAAGACAGCCCAUUACGAAGUGCUGUACAACAGUAAUCACAAACUUGUCGUUAUUUUCCUCGGCCGUGUGUCCUAUCGUGAACUAGAUGCCGACAUCAAAAUGUGGUUGAAACGGAGUACGUUCUUACACUGGGGUGAGAAGAACUUCUGGGAUAAAUUGCGCUAUUCUCUGCCUGAUGCACGCCACCGUAAGGUUCAACGCUCGGACCUAAACUCAGUCACCGUCCAUAUCUGACAGUCACAGUUUCAAUUUUGGUCUAGACAAUUUGGCAAUCCAUAGGACACGUAAUGAUCUUUUAUGCGCUCUUACGAUCUCGGCAUUUAGGCUCAUGUUACCACUUUUUUAAACGAACAGGACUUCCCGAGGAUCAGUUGUAGGGAAGGCGGUAGGAAAAAGUCCAUAAUAGGAAAUAUAGCGAGUAAAUAAUUCAAAAUCAUAGAUUAAGUAUCAAUACUAACGCAUUAAGGCCAACACUGUAUUUCGAGCUGUUGACGAUUGUUUGGUAAAGGACAAAAACGACGACGACGACGACGACGACGACGACGACGACGAUGACGACGACGACGACGACGACGACGACGACGACGACGACGACGAGAGAGAGAGAGAGAGAGAGAGAGAGAGAAACUACGGUACGAUUGCAACCCUCUGUCGACUUAUGUCACCGUAAACUAAGUCCUAAAAGCUAUCAAUGAAUAUGAAACUAGGCCAGUAACGGGAAAUCAAUGAAAACAAGUCAAAUGGUGCGAACACUAUAGAGUGCGCAAUGAGCCAUUGAAUGAACUAUAACAACAGGUUAUUUUUUUAGUUUACUUCCACGUCGGUUGGUAUGUACACAUUUGUAAAUACGCAGACAACUAGAAAUAAUAGAAGGAUGUGGUCGUUUAUGUAAAAAGUUCUUCGAAGAAGUUAUGUAAAAAUGAUAGUAAUCAAUUACGAUAAUACAUGGUGAUAAUGAUUAGUAUGACAUGCAAGAAGCAGCGUCCAACUGCGGAGAUCUGUGAUAGCCUAUUGUUGUAAAUAGCCUGAAAUGUAACCUAUCAGAAUGAUCCAGGAUCAUCGUUCUAGGCACGGUAGUGACCAACAAUGAAUGAAGGUGAAUUAUUUAUUCGGAAACCCUGUAUACAAUAUUUAUUUGAAGAGAUUUAGAAAAAGCUUCUGUGACUAAACGGACAAUGUUGUAAUGAAUCAUCAUGAGCAUGGCUGAAAUAGUUUGUAUGUCAUUAAAUUAUAGAGGUUGCGAUGCCUUCGUGUUGUUGCCGAAUUAUCUCCGCUACUGAAUUUUGCUCCUCGUUUUCAUUACUUCGGUUAAUUCCAUAAACAGGAUCAAAUCCAUUGUGCGCCAUCAAUCGAUGUUUGGACUACGCCAGGCAGUGUGCUAUGUUAAUGCUUGCAGAAGAGUUUGCUUUUCCCAGGCAAAAACAGACUUUACCUCACGGCGCGACUUUUUCCUUCAAUGAUUAACUCGUUUUUGGGAUCCCGAUCCGUAUUAGUCAACAACGUUGGAGUGAACAUUUACAAAUAGGACAAGUUUGUCUGUGUUUAGAGUGAAAAAGAAGGAAGACAUCGACGCUUGAAUAUACGGAUAUUCAACUCAUAAGGCGUUAAAUACAUAAUUUCUAUAUGAAUUUUUACAAACUAUGUCAUUAAAAUGAAAUGUUUUUGUCGCAGCUAGAAUGAAGGAAUUGACAGGACGAAGAAUAAAACAGGCCGAGAAUAAGUUGUGACCUGAAAAAGA